AGGAGAGUGAAAGUGAUAAGACAGGUAAAGGAUAUUACUGGAAGUCUCAUGCUGGAUCCCUCUACAGUCGGUGACCAUUAGGUGAUGGCCGUACCAGCACAGAACUUGUGAGUAACUGCGGAUAAACGACAAGAGGUCAUCCAGAAAAGAGAAUGCCUACAAAAAAUGCAGAGGCCAGGGCCAAAUGACCUCUCCAUUCCAGAACGCCAUCUAUGGGAGAAUUGAGGAAAUACAAUAAUAUAGAGGGAGAUAACUUUUACAACACUUGAAGCGACGUCCAAUUAAAUUAUUAAUUACGGUGCUUAAUUACUGAUCACUGACUCGUUUAUAUCUGAAUACGAAUAUCACUUCGUGUUGGCAUAAAAGAAAUUUCUUCAUUCAGAUGUACCUCUGGUAUUUUUAUUGACUUUUAUGGAUCAAAGGAAGACCAUAUUUUUAUAAGGCACGUUCAUCAAUACUUCAACCUCUUUAUAUGAAUAAAAUCUUCAUCAAGCGAUGGGAAAAUAUUUCUUCUGGACAAUGCAAUUAACAACAAUAUUUUUUUACCUUCACUGUCUGGAAUGUAGUGCAGAUAAUCAAUUUAUUGAUUAAUUAAGCGUUGAUAACUUUUCAAAUGAGUUAGCAGUUUACAUCUUGUGUUUUAGAUAUUCAGUAAAAUCACAGAUGAAAGAAUUGUUGCAUUAAAUUAUUCUCUGAAAAUAGUGACACAACUGAACACAACCAUAUUCAUGGAAAUGAAAAAACACUAUCAUUGUGAUAUGUAUGAAAAAUUAUUCUCUCGUAAUGAAUCAUUUUACUAAACGAAAAAACCCUGAAGUAAGAGAGCCAUAUCACUGUGAUAUCUGUGGUAAAUCAUUCACUGAAGAAAGAGUCUUAGCUAAACACAAGUGCAUUGAUACAGGAGAGAAACCACAUCACUGUGAUAUCUGUGGUAAUUCAUUCACUGAAGAAAGAGUCUUAGCUAAACACAAGUGCAUUGAUACAGGAGAGAAAUCACAUCACUGUGAUAUCUGUGGUAAUUCAUUCACUGAAGAAAGAGUCUUAGCUAAACACAAGUGCAUUGAUACAGGAGAGAAAUCACAUCACUGUGAUGUCUGUGGUAAAUCAUUCUCUCAAAGAGGUUCUUUGACUUUUGACUAAACACAAACGUACACAUACAGGAGAGAAGCCAUAUCAUUGUAAUAUCUGUGGUAAAUGUUUCUCUCGAAGUGAUACCUU